CCUACACGACGCACGGCCGCCUUUAACGUUCGAAUAGGCCAACAAAACUCGUUGAAAAUGCAUACAGCAAAAUGGUAGAGUCCCUUCAAAUGUUUUUAUUCCUGUUCAAAUCAAAAUACAGACGAAAAUUCUCAUGGUUCUCGCCUUUCCUGUGUUCAGUGCUCAUAGUGUUAUUGUUUUGUCAUGACGUUCUUUCAAAGUGUAGUGAGAUUAACUGUGUAAACGGUAUUUGUAAGAAUGAUAGUUGUGUGUGCUACGAAGGCUGGCAGGGUCCACAAUGCCAGCACUGUGGCGGGAAAAUAAAAUUAACCGAACCUACGGGUGUAAUAACCGACGGUCCGGGCAACUACAGCGUGAGCACGCAAUGCUCGUGGCUAAUAUCCCCUCCAUCACUGGGCCCGCACCCGCCGGUUCUGCGCGUGCGGUUGGAGAGCUUCGCCACGGAGUGCGGCUGGGACCAUCUGUACGUGUACGACGGUGACAGCGUGCGCGCCGAGCGACUGCUGGCGGUCUUUAGUGGAGUCCUAGAUAAAAUAGAGGGGGGAUGGACGCGGCAAGUGAUAGCGCGGUCCGGCAGCGUGCUUCUUCACUUCUUCUCUGAUGACGCGUAUGCUAUGGAGGGGUUUAACGUCACAUACGCGGCGUACUCUUGCCCGUCAGAUGACCAUCGUACGAAUUGUUCCAAUCACGGUGAAUGUGAAGAGGGGACAUGUAGGUGUGAAUCCGGCUGGGUCGGCGUUGCAUGUGACCAGCCCCUUUGUCCAGGCAACUGCAACGGGGCCGGCCUGUGCACGCCGACCGGCUGCGAGUGUUUCUCCACGCGCAGCGGGGCGGACUGCAGCCGGGACUCCAGCGCGGCGGGCUGGGGCUGGGCGUGGCGCGAGGAGGGCGAGGGCCUGCCGCCGCGCCCCGCGCGCGCUCCGCCGCCCGCCGCGGGGCACUCUCUGCUCAACUACGGGGAGGACCUGCUGCGGGUCGGCGGGGAGACCUUCUCUGACGCCGCGUUCCUGUAUAGGUAUAAGACGGCCCACCAUGAGUGGAUAGCAAUGGAGGCUCGCGGCGAGGCACCGCUGCCUCGGUUCGCGCACGCGGCAGUGUUGUAUGGAAACGAGCUUAUAGUGUACGGAGGUGUUGUUGCCUCGGACGAGCCUGAUAGAGGCGGCGGUCUGGCGGGCUUAGAGGGUAGAGCGGGGGAAGUAACUAACGAAGUGUGGCGCGCGCGCAUCGACGGGUCGGUGGCGGAGUGGCGGAACGCUACUCCUGUCACUUGCUCGCCGCAUCGACCCGCGCCCUUGAAACACUGUGGAGGUCUCCAUUUGUCGGGCCACACGGCAGUGCUGGUGCACAUAGGGGUCACAAGCAAGCCCGUAAUGUUGGUGUUUUUCGGACAUUCACCGCACUACGGUUACUUGCAUCUUGUACAGGAAUAUUAUAUAGAGGAGGGUGUAUGGGCGGCGGCGCAGACGCGCGGUUGGCCCGCUCGCGGAGGCUUCGCGCACUCAGCCGCGUGGGAGCCGAUGUCGCGACGCGUUUACGUGCACGCCGGUCUGGUGUCCGAAUCUGAAGCGACGCAGGCGCCAUCUGCAGCACUGUACGAGUACGAAGUAGAAACUCGGAUAUGGCGACCGCUUCCGGCUGCGCCUACGCCGAGAUAUUUGCAUUCCGCCAUUUUUAUAUCACCCGGUGUGAUGCUAGUGUUUGGCGGCAACGCACACAACGACAGCGCGGCCGCAGCGUCGGGUACAACGGCCGCGUCGCAGUGUUACUCUGCAGCUGCUCUCUUAUACGACGUAAGAUGUAAGGUGUGGCACACACUGAGUGAUCCGGCGGUCUCCGCGCGGGCGGCGCACGCGGCGGCCAUCUUGCCUCUCAGGACAAGGCCCACUGCGAUCAUACAUGGCGGUUUCGACGGCCGACUUCGAUCGGACGCGCUGAUAUUUGUCGCGGGCGACAAAUGUUCGUCGCGUAGGGACGAGGCGACUUGCCUGAACAGUGCGGCGGUCGCCGCGAUCGCGUGCGUCUGGACGCGCGACCAGCGCUGUGUGUCUUUAAAAGAAGUCGGAUGGAAGGAGUCUUAUGACGAGUCUGUUAAAGCUUGCAUCAAUGAACCGACUGCCGACGAUCGGCGCUGCCUAAACAUAGAAUACUGCGAGGCGUGCGUGGCCCACGGCUGCGCGUGGUGCGGGGCUUGCAUGGCCACGGAGCAACACUGCCUGCGACACUCGCAUCAGGUACACGUGUUGAUGGCGGUGUCGGUGGAGGAAUGCAGCGUGGGGGGCGAGGUGUGUGGGAGGUACCACUCGUGCGCCGCGUGCCAUGCGCACUUGCAUCGACAUCCACACGGUUCAGAAGAGUUGAGUCAGCGAGCGUGCUACUGGGACUACGACUCUGUAAAGUGUCGACCUGCUAACGCAUCCACCGAUAUUAGAAGUGUGGCGGCGACAGCGACGGGCGUGUGCAGCGCGGCGUGCGCCACGUUCCGCACGUGCGCCAACUGCACCGCCGAGGAGUGCAUUUGGUGCGCUUCGGCCGGCCGGUGUGUUGACAAGAACGCGUAUGGAGCAUCGUUUCCCCUCGGCGGUUGUCGCGCCUGGUCCACGAACGGCUGCGCGGGUGGCGCUGCCGCGGCCAACUCCGGCAAUAUUGCGGGCGCGGGGUGCGCCGCGCACCUGUCCUGUGCGGCGUGCCUCGCCGAGCCGGCGUGCGGUUGGUGCGACGACGGUGCGGGCGGCGGGCGCGGAGCCUGCCUGCCGGGCGGCGAGCGGCACCCGCACCAUCCGCACGUGUGUCCGCAUAGAAGGUGGCACUUCACGCGCUGCCCGGCGUGCCAGUGCAACGGGCACGCGGUGUGCGACGCGCAGGCGCGCUGCGUGCAGCCGUGCGGCGCGCGCGCGGUCGGCGCACACUGCGAGAUCUGCGCGCCGGCGCACUGGGGCUCGCCGCUCAACGGCGGCGUGUGUCAACCGUGCGAGUGCAACGCGCAAGCGGUGUCGUGCGCGGCGGACACGGGCCGAUGCUACUGCAGCACUAAGGGCCUCGCGGGAGACCGAUGCGACAAGUGCGACAACACCAACCACUACCACGCCGAUCUGUAUAACAAGGGAUGCUACUAUGACCUAGCUGUAGACUACCAGUUCACCUUCAACCUGUCAAAGAAGGAGGACCGCCAUCUUUCCGCCAUCAACUUCCGCAACGCGCCAGUCAAGCCGGAUGUGGAUGCGGACUUCAGUAUAACGUGUUCCGCACACGCUCGGAUGAACCUUACCGUGCGCACGCGCGCGGAUCCGGCGGAGAAGACGCUGUUCAGUGACGUCAAUUGUACGAACUUUAGAUACAAGCCUUUCCUUUACAGGUUCGCCAAAUCGGAGCACGCGUUCGGAGUUGAAGACAACGUCACACUCACAACGUUCUUCGUGUACGUGUACGACUUCCGACCGCCGCUGUGGAUCCAGAUAUCGUUCUCGCAGUACCCGAAGUUGAACUUGCAACAGUUCUUCAUCACGUUUUCCUCGUGCUUUUUGCUGUUGUUGUUAGUUGCUGCCGCUUUGUGGAAGAUUAAACAGAAAUACGAUUUGUACAGAAGAAGGCAGAGGCUGUUUGUGGAAAUGGAACAGAUGGCUUCGAGACCUUUUAGUCAAGUUAGCAUUGAACUAGAAAGGGGUGGUGGCGGUGGUGGCGUGCCAGCCCCUGUGGCCUUAGAGCCCUGUCGCUCUGGGCGGGCUGCGGUGUUGUCACUACUGGUGCGGUUGCCCACCGGUGGGACCGGCCGGGCUCCACCGCUAGGGGGCCUGGCUCUGGCCUCCGCUCUGGUGACGCUGGGCCACCAGCACCAUCAGCAUCACCAGAACCAACCGACUGACAGAUGGAGGCACCAAUGUAAAUAGAAUCGUGUAAAGUAAGCGCUGUAAAUACUUAGGACUCUAGUUGCUCAAGCCUGCAGCUAGGAAUAUAAUACUCACCGCUUAGUGCGUCAAUUUUUAUAAAUAAUAGCAUAAAAACACAGACAUUUCACACAAUGUACGAAUUCAUCACAUUGUAUGUAACAUGCAUUCUUUUGAGUGAAAUCAAUCAGAAG